UAUGCGUUGUUGUUUGUUCUUGUGAGGCUGGUUCCUUGACAUUUAUCAAGUUUUAAUGUGUUAAAGUGCCGAUGCACGUUUGUUUUUAUUUGCUUUGUGCUAAAUAGUAAGACCGUUAGCAUAUUUUUCAAAAUUUCAGUUGAUUUUCUUUGUAUUAUCCCUGUUCUAAUCGCGAACGUCAGUAGUAGAUUUCUCCUGAAAUCGGCCAUAUCCGAGCGGCCAUUUUCUUAAUCCUGCUUCAUGGUUCACAAUGAGUGAUUAUUCAGCGGUCGCUCCGCCACAGAAUUUUAGUCAAAGUUCUGCUUUUGCUGCUGCUCUACAACGUGCAAAACAGAUUGCAGCUAAAAUCAACCCUAGUCUUGCCAACGAAACAGGAAGCAAAAGGCCAUUAGAAGAUAACUCUGACGGACCGGAGGCCAAAAAAGUGGCCAGUGAGAGUGGUGCAGGGAGAGGAAGCAGUGCAGCAGCAGCAGCGGCGGCUCAGGCGGCUGCGGUAGCAGCUAGAGUGGCGGCCGCAGCAGCUGCCGGUAUCCAGGGGCUGGGCGUACCCGGCCUUGCUCUGGGACCUGUUACUAAUGAAGACAUCCGGGUGCCCGACAAGAUGGUCGGCCUUAUUAUAGGCCGGGGCGGGGAGCAAAUAAGCAGGCUUCAGUCGGAAUCUGGAUGUAAAAUUCAAAUGGCACCUGACUCAGGCGGCCAACCAGAGAGAGUCUGCACGCUCACCGGCAACGCACAGGCAAUCAGUCGAGCCAAAGAAUUGAUAAAUGCCAUCGUGCAGCAGAGGAGUAGAACAGAAGGAACGGGAGGUGCCAGAUUAGACGAUAUGAACAUGGGAGGUCCACCAAGCUCGCAUUUUGAUUUUUCACAGACCGAUGAUGAUGAUGGCCCUUCCAACAUACCGCCCUUCCCGUUCGGCAACAGAAGUAUGAAGGAUGACCGAAAUGAUGAUGGCCCUUCCAAUAAAAUGCCUUUCCAAUUUGGCAACAAAACUACAGUCGAAAUAAUGGUACCUGGCCCUAAAGUGGGACUAAUAAUAGGAAAAGGUGGUGAGACAAUAAAACAGUUGCAAGAAAAAUCUGGAGCCAAAAUGGUCGUAAUUCAAGAUGGUCCUUCUCAGGAAAAUGAAAAACCUCUACGGAUAACUGGAGAACCCCAGAAAGUGGAGCAUGCAAAAGCCUUAGUCUAUGAACUCAUAGCUGAAAAGGAAAUGCAGAAUGCGUUUAACCGUGGUGGCGGAAACGGAGGGGGAGGAAAUAGAGGAAACUUUGGAAACGACUUCAAUGGAGGAGGUGGAGGGGGUGGCGACUCAGUGGAAGUGGCAGUGCCUCGAGCGGCAGUUGGGGUUGUAAUUGGUAAGGGGGGCGACAUGAUCAAGAAGAUCCAAGGGGAGACAGGGGCCCGAGUGCAGUUCCAACAGGGCCGUGAUGACGGACCUGGAGACCGACGGUGUCUUCUCACCGGAAAGCCAGAGCAAGUGGAAGAUGCUAGGAUCAGAAUAGAAGAGCUGAUUGACAGUGUUCUUCGAAGAGACAGUGAGUCAGGUCGAGGAGGUGGUCGAGGAGGCGGAGGCGGAGGUGGAGGCCGAGGUGGUGGAGGAAGCUUUGACCGCAUGGGCGGAGGAGGAGGACCACCGAGAGAAUUCAACGAGCGAGGACGAGGCUGGGACAACAACGGGCGCAUGGGUGGUCCCGGAGGCGACAAGACCGAGUCUACAUUCACCGUCCCGGCCGCUAAGUGUGGUGUCAUCAUUGGCAGAGGCGGUGAAACGAUAAAACAAAUAAAUCAGCAAACUGGAGCUCACUGUGAACUGGACAGGAGGCCUCCAGCAAAUCCUGCAGAGAAGACUUUUGUCAUCAGGGGCUUGCCUGAUCAGAUAGAAAAUGCUAAGCGCUUGAUCGCUGAGAAACUAGGAAUGCCUGGACCACCGGGCGGCAAUGCCGGGCCACCACAACAGUAUGGUAUGGGAGGACCAGGCGGGCCUCAACAACACUUUGGAGGACAGAACUGGCAAGCUCCAGGAGGCUUCCAACAACCCUGGCAGAACCAGUCUCAUCCCCAGGAUCCUAGUCAGGGAGCAGGACAGGUGCAGGUGAACCCUCAGACUGGUCAACCUGACUACAGUGCUCAGUGGGUCGACUACUACAGGUCGCUGGGUAUGCAUAGAGAGGCAGAGGUCAUUGAACAACAAGCAAAGGCCAACAAGGGAGCCAUGCCGGGUGGAGCAGCGCAGGGAGCCCCAGGGGUAGCAGGACAGCCCCAAGCCCAGAGUCAGCCAGUAGCAGCAGCAGCCGCUCAGAACGGCCAACCCGACUACAGCGCACAGUGGGCCGACUACUACCGAUCCAUCGGCAAACUCAAGGAGGCUGAGGCCAUUGAGGCUACGAUGAAGAACAAGCAGGCAGCAGUUGCGGCAGGAGCUGGGCCGCAGCCUGGUCCUACCCCUACACCAGCGGCUAACCCUUACCCUCAGGCUGGCUAUGGCUAUCCCCAGGCAGCCGGGGCCUUCUACGGCGGAGCUCCUGGCGCCCCGCAGCCUGGCGCUCCUCAACCAGCCGCCCCACAGUACGCUCAGUAUCCCAACUACGCAGCCUACGCCCAACAGACUGACUAAACACAUCUUGUCACUUGUCUUGCUGCUCUGUAUAGCUGCUGGCACGCUGAGAAGUCAUCUUUCUCGUCACCGUUCCAUUUUAAAUAACUUGUAACUGCAAUUUUCUCCCUAAUAGAACUAACGCAGUUUUCUUGUCUCUAUAUACUCUAUAUAUAGGUUAAUAAUCUAUCAUUAUGUUGAUGUUUGUUUUUUUUUAUAUGCAUUUAGGUUUUGUUAUUACCUUUAAAAAGAUAUGCGUGCUUAGUAACAUCAGUUGCGUUUAUUCUAUCAGCCAUGAAGACUGGCGAAACAAAUUUUAAGACACUUCCUCUAUGUAAGAUUUAAGAUAAUGUUUCAAAUAAGGUCCACAAUGAUUUUUGUUGAUGUUCAGAUGUCAAAUAAUGUGUUAGUUUAUAGAUGAAUAGGUAAACCGAUUGAGUGUAUCUGUAUUUUGUGUUAUUACAUACUGUACGGAAUAUACAUGUUUCUUGAA